CUUCCCGAUGCAUUGAGGAACACGUCUGUGCACCUCACACACACACAACGCAGCACCUCGCCGCACUCAGCCCAGCACCACGAGCACCGCGACGACGAAAAGGAGAUCACUCAUGCUGGACCGCGAGCCGCUGCACAUCAGGAUGCACACGCUCCUCGCAGAAAAUGCCCUCGCACUCGUUAUCCUCACACAGGAAGACGCCAUCACCAUCACAGAUGGGGCUCGCGCGCACCACGCAAGCCUCCUCCUCGUCGCAGCUAGCAGCAUCCCACACCAGCGCGCGUCCCAAUGAACCCCACCUGCGGCACCCCGAGAAACCCUCCUGCACGGCCAUCCCGACAGCGACGGCUCGCCCCCCCCCCCCCCCCAGAGCCGCUCACCGCGGGGGGGUGGGACCCCACGGCAAGAAGCUGACCAGCCUUGGACACCAGCACGUCGACGAGGUCCCUUCGGCGGACACAUGGCUGAACGCGACGACCACAGCGCUAAGAAAGGCAUUCCAUGCGCAGCUUCUCCAGCGGCACGAAACACUCCGCCCCGGCCCAACGAACACUCCGCACCAGAUCCGUCCCUCCUGGCGCCAGCAGCACCUCGUGCUCAGAUAGCUCGAUGCACUCAAGCAUCUUCACCUCGACAGGCCCAGCGUGCUCGUGCUUGAUCGCCAUCUCGUGGCACACCUGCACCUUCUCCUCCUCAGAAUUUUAUGUGUAGUUUUAUUACUCGUAUUAGUUUUAUUAUUCUUCUUCUUCACAUCAAUGCUGAUGUGCCCACGCGACUCCACCCCCUCCCCACGCCUGAGGCCAGCCUGCGCGCGCAGCAGCUCAUGUUCUUCAGCACGAUGGAUGCAGACACCCUCGGCGACGGAGUGAAGGGCCACGUUGCGGCGCACCUUGUCAAGCCAUCGCGGCUGGCUGCCAGUUGCCAGCGCCAGAAGCGCAGGGAGGAUGCUGCAGAGGCGGUCUGCGAGGUCGGCGUCACCCACGAGCGACACCAGGGCCUCCUCAGCCAACUGCAACUGCGCCUCCGCACGACCAAGCUCCGCAGUGAGACUCGCCAAGGCACGAUCAGCAGAAUGCCGUGCCUACCAUCUCCUAUCAUUUCGCUCAGCGGCAAAACGCCGCGGCUGCGCAUCGCCCGCAGCCUCCAGUGCCAUCUCAAGGAUCUCGCCGCCACAAGCAACACCGCCUCCAGACACCGGCUACGCGCGAUGCGGAAAUGGCGAGCAGGGGGCUGAGGACCAGCUUGAGCAAAAACUGGCUACGGACCUUCUCCU